AUGGAGGUCCCUCAAUGGGACCCACUGAGAAAUGACUCCCUGCCACCCACCCUGACCCCAGCCGUGCCCCCCUACGUAAAGCUCAGCCUCACCAUCAUCUACACCGUCUUCUACUCGCUCCUCUUCGUGAUCAUCUACGUCCAGCUCUGGCUGGUCCUGCACUACGGACACAAGCGUUUCAGCUACCAGACCGUCUUCCUCUUCCUCUGCCUUUUCUGGGCCUCUCUGCGGACCAUCCUCUUCUCCUUCUACUUCAAAGACUUUGUCGCGACCAAUUCACAGAGCCCCUUCGUCUUUUGGCUGCUUUAUUGCUUUCCCGUGUGCCUCCAAUUUUUCACCUUGACCUUGAUGAACCUGUAUUUCACUCAGGUGAUUUUCAAAGCAAAAUCAAAAUACUCUCCAGAAUUACUGAAAUACCGACUUCCCCUCUACCUGGCUUCCCUCUUCAUCAGUCUUCUUUUCCUGUUGGUGAAUCUAACCUGCGCAGUACUCGUAAAAACAGAAAAUUGGGAGAGAAAGAUUAUCGUUUCAGUUCGAGUUGCCAUUAAUGAUACCCUCUUUGUUCUCUGCGCCAUCUCGCUGUCUGUCUGCCUCUACAAGAUUUCCAAGAUGUCCUUAGCCAAUAUAUACUUGGAAUCUAAGGGUUCAUCUGUGUGUCAAAUGACCACCAUUGGAGUGACCGUUACCCUGCUUUAUGCAUCCAGAGCCUGUUACAACUUGUUUAUAUUAUCCUUUUCUCAGAAUAAGAAUGUCCAUUCCUUCGAUUACGACUGGUACAACGUAUCAGACCAGGCAGACCUGAAAAAUCAGCUUGGAGAUGCUGGCUAUGUAGUGUUUGGAGUGGUCCUUUUUGUGUGGGAGCUCCUGCCCACCACCUUAGUCGUUUACUUUUUCAGAGUUAGAAAUCCUACAAAGGACCUGACAAACCCUGGGAUGGUCCCGAGCCAUGGAUUUAGUCCUCGAUCCUAUUUCUUUGACAACCCACGAAGAUACGACAGUGAUGAUGACCUCGCCUGGAAUAUUGCCCCUCAAGGGCUUCAGGGAAGUUUUGCACCAGAUUACUAUGACUGGGGACAACAAACUAAUAGCUUCAUGUCACAAAUAGGAUCGCUACAAGAUUCGACAUCAGAUUUCCACAAAUCCAGCAAUCUGCCGGCAAUCUGCUAACAACAAACAGUAUUAUAGAAUUUUAUUAUGAUUGAAUUUCUCUAGAGACUGAUUUUUGGGUAAUAAUAUAAGUUUAUUGAUUAUAUCAGGUUUAUUGGUUAGGCGAGCAUCAUAACUGAUAA